AGAAAGUUUCAUCCGUCCACCAUCCGGUGGCCCCUCAUCCACCAGUUCUUCAGCCUCCACCCCGACAAGUACAAACGAGUGCUCAUGGCAGACGUGCGCGACACGGCGUUCCAGGGCGACCCCUUUGAGAUCCUCAAGGACUCCUCCUCCUCCUUCCUCGCCUUCACUGGCGUCCAGGAUCGAACGAUCGGGCAGUGCGGGUGGAACGGGGGUUGGGUGAGGGACUGCUUCGGGCCCGAGAUGUUCAGCCGGCUGUCCUCGAAGCCCAUCAUCUGCUCGGGGAUCUCGAUGGGGACGAUGGACGCAGUGAAGUCGUACCUGCAGGCCAUGAGCGAGCAUAUCAUGAAGCAAGAGUUCGCCGCCUGCGAGAGGAACGGAGUCGACCAGGGCGUACACAAUGUGCUCGUCCACACGGACAAGAUCCCCCACCUGAGGGUGAACAGGCAGGACGACGGGCUAGUUGCAAACAUGCAGGCGCACGUGAUGAAGUUUCGCUCCGGCAAGGUCUACAACGUCAACAACGAGCUGGCCCGGGUGGUCCACCAGUACGACCGGGACCUCGAGCUGCAGAGGAGCCUGCUGGACUCGUACGUGGACUUCGAGUGGCACAAGGAG